UCCCCGACCUUCACAUGUUGCCCGCGACAUGAAAUGUGAUUCAGGUCAUUUGUUCUCCUCUAUUUUUAUCUGCUUCUAUUUUUAAAAGCCGUGAGGGCUUAGAGUCACUUCUCUCCAGGACUUUUGGAAACGCUUCAGCCUUCUCGUUUGGUGGGUCGUAUUUUCUCCAACGUUCUACGCCAGAGGACCACGAUGUCGGCAGACGACGUCGGCAAAGACGAAAGCCGCAGCUCCUCGGCUAAGCUAACCAUCGUGGUCGGAGGCGUUCGCUUCUCAGAGGACAAGGCCUUCCUGAUUCAGAACUGCGGCUAUUUCCGAUCGCUGUAUCGCUCCGGGAUGAAGGAGUGCCGACAGGAGGAGAUCCACCUCCAGUCUCUGCGCGCUCGAGGCUUCCUUGUCUCCCUGGCCGUGCUGCGCGGCGAGAGUCCCGACCUGGACGGCGACGACAUCGUGGAGGCCAUCGAAUGCGCCGCUUUCUUGCAGGCAGCGCCGCUGGCUGAGCACCUCGCCGGCCUCGUCGACUCGGACAACUGCCUGCUGAUGUAUCACACCGCCGCGACCUUCGGCCUCUCGGACCUGUACCACGCCGCCGCGCUGUUCAUCCGAGACAUGUACGCCGACCUGCGGGCGGAGGUCAGGACGUCCCUGGCGCCGGAGCUGGUCUCCUACGUGGAGUCGUUGACCCCGAGGGUUUUCGCGGCCGUGGGCACUCACGUGACCUGCGGCGAGGAGGAAACGGUGCACGCCGCCUCCAGGACGGUUUGCUACCUGGACGAAAGCGCCAACGCUUGGAAAGUGCUGACGGAUCUCCCGCCGGGGGCCAGCACCUCCCUGGGUGGAGUGACCGUUUUAGACAACCGGCUGUACAUCGUCGGGGGGGUUCACGGACCCCACAAACAAGUGGUGGACUCUUCUUUCUGCUACAGCGUGGAAAACAACAGCUGGAGCCGGAUCCCCGGCCCGGCUCAGCCGCGAUACAACCUCAGCCUGGUGGGCGCGGCCGGUCGCCUCUACGCCCUCGGGGGAGAGUACGAGCGGACGCCGAUGUCGUCCGUGGAGACGUACGAUGUGGAGGCCGGGAGGUGGGCGCAUGCCGCUCACUUGCCACGCCCUGCGGCGGGAGCGGCGUGCGCCAAAGCGGGGAGCAGGAUGUUCGUGUGCCUGUGGAGGCCGAUGGAGACCACAGAGAUCUACGAGUACGUCUCCGGGUCGGACGAGUGGCGGCUGAUCACCACACUGAUCCGGCGGCAGAGCUACGGCCACUGCUUGGUCGGCCACAGGGACGACCUUUACGUGGUGAGGAACGGGCCCUCGGACGACUUCCUGCGCUGCCUCGUGGACUGCUACAACCUGACCUCGGGCCAGUGGUCGUCUCUGCCCGGACACUUCGCCAACAGCCGUGGCUCGCUGUUCACGGCGGUGGUGAGGGGGGACUCGGUGCUCACGCUCAAUAGGAGCGCCACCAUGGAGUUCGCCGUCGGCGGGAAAACCUGGAAGCCCCGGCGGCAGAUGAAAGGCUUCCCCAGGAGCGGAUCCGUAUGGACGUUUCUGCUCCGGCUGCCGGACGCCAUCACGCUGCGGUGACGGCUUUCCCCGUCCAACAUUCCAUGUCGUGGAUGCGCUUUGUUGUUUCUUUUGUACUUCUUAACAGUAAUUAUAUAUUUUUUGAGAUCACAGCAACAAAGCGGCACAAAUAAAAUCUGUUCCCCCGGCGGGAUGUGUUUCUUGUUGUGCUUCCCUUUGAGGGUUCUAGUUGAAUUAAGGCUCGGUUUAAGUGGAGGUGAAGGGAAAUACAAAAUGAUCAGGAAAGAGACUCGGUCGUUAACUCUUGUCUACAUGUGACGUGACGCGUUUUGGUUCAACUGCACCUCCGUUGGCUCAGAUGCUGACCUCUGACCUCUGAUCAGGACCACUGGACGUAUGGAUUGAUUGGAAGAGAUAAAGAUACAUUAUUAAGGUCUAUGAGCCAAUGCGCCCCAUCGCCCCUCAUUCUUAUCAUACAUCAUUUAUAGUUGUUUACCCUUUUUUAAAGAUGUUUUUGCAUCUGUUUGUUGUCGCAUGUGUGAAGUUAGUAUUGUCCUUUUUUGUUAAUUUUGAUAUUGUACAUGAUGGCCAGUGAAAAAUAAAUCAUUUAACGGAGGUUUUCAGCGACUGAACAGACUUGAUGAUAUUAUCUGUGCGACUUUAUUUCCUCCGUGAUGGUCACGAUCUGUUUAAUAAAUGGCGCAGUGUUUGUCCUCACACAGAGCUUCUGUUUCCUGCGCAGCCUCUGCUUCCUGUUGGCACCGAGCGACGAUGAUGAUGAUGAUGAUGGAGGUCAACGACGGGCAGAGCCAGGCACCGCGGGCCGGGCCGGACGCCAGCAGCUGGCGGCGAGGGGGCCGAGGUCAGGCCAGGACGCGACGACCAGGCCGACACCCAAUAGUCGCGUUAUUAGGAAAACACAAGAAGAUCUGAGGCUGCAGAAUCAUCCAUUAAAUCAAAACUUAUCUUUCAAAAGUCAUAAUAAUGCAUCUACCUUUUUUUGUGUCCAAAAUGUUUCAUAAUGAUAAUAUUAAAAAUGAUAUUGUUAUCACUA